AUGUCGUCCUACGACAAGGUGGUCAAGGCGGCCACAAAGUCGAAGGCUGGCGCGCCGAAACCAAAGCACAUGGACCCCAUCAUCGCCUCUUCUUUCUCCUCGGAUGGCAGCCUGCAAGACAUCACUCGUAGUCUCGCCUUGAGGCUGCGCGAACCUAGCAGUAUUGUCGUAUUCAAGGCGCUGUUGGUUUUGCACACGCUUAUCAGGAAUGGUGGUGUCGACAACGUCUUGCGGCAUGUGUCAAGCGAGAAUGGCAGCUUGAAACUGAAGAACGUGGCAGCAGGAGGCAAUUGGCAAGGCUAUGACGCCCCUCGAUCAUUGCCGUCCUACUCGCUUUACCUGGAUAGCCGCGUCAGCUACUAUCGAGAGAUGCAUCACGACGUGAUCCGCUCGUCUGAUGCUGCCAGGACAAAUGGGGGAGACGGAGGUGGAGCCGGACACAGGCUCAGAAGACUGACGGUAGACAGGGGCUUGCUGCGAGAAGUUGCAAAUGCUCAGAAAGUCUGCUCCAGGCUCCUUGACUGCUCGUUCUUCUUUGACGAUCUGAACGAUGACAUGUCCAUCACGGCGCUUCGCAUGGCGCUCAAAGACCUGUUCGCGUUGUACACAGCCAUCAACGAGGGUAUGAUCAACAUCUUGGAGCACUACUUCGAGAUGUCCAAACCUGAUGCAGAGAGGGCGUUGGAGAUCUACAAAAGGUUCACACGCCACACAGAAAAGGUUGUUGCGUACUUGCAGGCUGCUCGCAAAGCUGCUUACUCCCUCAAUGUCGCAAUACCGAACCUCAAACAUGCCCCUACGAGCCUGGCCGGGGCCCUGGAGGAAUACUUGAAGGAUCCAAAUUUUGAGCAGAAUAGGAAAGAGUACGCUGCCAAUCGAAGGGCGGCAAACGGCUUGCCCCCUAAGCCCGAGAGCAAAGUACCAGCGAGCGAAAGCAAAAAAAGCACGGCAGAGAAGGAGAAGGACAAGCCGUCCUCACCUGCUGCAACGGAGGUCAAGCUACCCACUGGCAACCAAGCGCUGCAAGACUUCUUCGAGUCUAUUGAGAGCGAGCAGCAGUCUAUCUUUGGCCCCGGUGGACCAAGUACGUCACAAUUUGGCUUCCCACAGCAGCAGCAAGGUCUAGCACCCCAAAUGACUGGCUUCCCGAUGGGCGCAGGCGGAUUUGGCGGUGGUUCUAUGCAACCGCAGAUGACGGGCUUCAACCCUUUCUUCCAGCAGCAGCAGCAGCAGCAGCAGCAGCAGUCUUUUCCCGGCCAGCAGUUCCAACAAGGUGGUAUGGGGGGGCUGCAACCUCAGAUCACCGGCUUUGCACCUGGUGGCUUCCUUGGAGCACAGCCCACCGGGAUGCUGCAGCCGCAGAUGACUGGUAUGAAUCCUUUCCGCCAGAGCAUGAUGAUGGGACCGCAGCCAACGGGAAUGGGCUCGCCUCUCGGCGGUCAAGCGUUCUCCCAGCCGACUCAGCAGCAGCAGCAGCAGACACCUCAGCAUUCCUCAGCUCCUGGCCUGUCUGGACUAUCACCACAGGAGCAGACACCGUCAUCUGCUUUCGGCUCGAACAACGCGUUCGCUUCUACAUCAGCAGCUCCGCCGGCUUCGAAUGUUGCAGCGGGCCAGUCUCUGGGCGCUCCAGCGAAGCUCUUACCUCAAAAGACCGGCUCAAACAAUCCUUUCAAACCUCCUCCUGGCUCAACUCCUCCCCCUUCUCCGCCUCCGACCAACAAAGGACCCACCUUGCAGCAGCUUGCAAUGGGUGCUUUUGGUCCCCCGCAACAAGGCGGGGGCGUGUACGGGCUAGGUCACGGCGCCUGGAACCCUACUGCGCAACAGCAAAGUCAACCGCAGAAUGCCGGUGCGAAUGGAGCUUCGCAGCUCCAGACCGGACCAGGUUCGCAAUCGCAAACCCAAGCUCUAGUCCCCAUGAAGACCGGCCUUAUAAGCUCUGUAGCGUCUGAAUUCGCGUCUGGCAGAGGGAAUGCGGCUAGCCCUGCCCCGACAGCGCAACCAUCCAGCGCGCCUGCUGCAACGUCUCCCAGUCUUAAUGCUGCAUCUUUGACCGGCCAACAAGGAGCUGGUGCAUCGUUGGCUUCUCCCUUCGCAGCGAUGUCAGUCAACGGCAGCAACGGCUUUGCCCCGCCUUCACCGCUUGCGCCCCAAAAGACUGGCUUUGCCGGCUCAAAUAUCAAGCCAUUCCAGCCAACUUCUUCUUUCGGAGCUUCGCUAGCCGCAUCGUCCUCGUUUGCCCCUUCACCGUCUCUUUCUCCAGCUCCGACGUCGGGCUUGCCACCCAACAUGACAGGCAAUCCCUUCGCUUACAGCACUUCCACGCAACACCCUAGUCAACCAGCUACAGCCCCGCAAGCGCAGAGCAACGAAGGCUUUCCCUCGUUUGCUUCUGCAGCCAGCGCCUCUCAAGGGACUCCGGCCGCCUCGAACUUCGGACUCAAUCCUUCUGGCUUGAGUUUGCCGCCCACUAAUCCCUCCUACCUCCCUACGCAGCCGACAGGUUUCGGUGCAAGUCUCUUCGGCACAACCUCCACACCCUCAUCUGCACCGUUUCAAGCGUCUGGCCCAUCAGCAAAUACCACGUCGUUUGGCUCGAAUGCGGCCUUGGCCCCACAGCCAACUGGCUUCGCGGGCUCGAACGUGAAGCCGUUCCAGCCUACCUCUGCCUUUGGCAACGCUGCUUUUGUGAAUCUGAACCAGCAAAACGGACAGCAGGCGCAAA